AUGGCCGAAGCAGCAAAAGCGGCUGCGCGCCACCUGCCGGCCUUUAAGCUCGGCAGGAAUCAGGUGUUUCUGCCCGACCAUGUCGUCACCUUUUUGCGAAAAGAACACCUCCCGCCCAACGAGGCCUGCUUCCAGGUUCCCCUGCGCUUCACCAAGUUCGAUCUCCGCGACUAUCUCUGGAACCUUUACAACGUCGAGGUCAGGAAGGUCCGCGUCUACGUCAAGCAGCAGCCCAUCACGCGGCGCCCAUUCACGAUGCAGUCCUAUUACCGCCCGCAGUCGCUCAAGGUCAUGACCGUCGAGCUCGCCAAGCCCUUCCAGUGGCCCGACGUGCCCCAGAAUCUGGAGCCGUGGAGCAACGACCUGUGGAAGAUGCGCGAGGAUCAAAAAGACGAGAACAAGGACGAUAACUACAACAAACACAAAUUCAAGAUUCCCCUCAUAAGUCAGAAGCCCCUGUCCAAGGAGAGGCAGGAACUGGCUAGCCUGGCCAAGCAGAUGCUGUCCGGUGAGAUCAAGUGGAAAAACGAUCUAGUUCUCGACCCCAAGUGGGACACGCUGCUACCCAAGGACGACAAGGGCGCGAUCAAGGGCGACUCGGGAGAUGUCGCAACGAGGUAG